CGGGGCGACGAUGGGGGAGGUUGUGCUGAGAGGAGGGUGUCUUAUGCUCGGGUACCUCAAGGAUGAGGUGGGGACCAAGAAGGCGAUAAGGGAUGAUGGAUGGUUCUACACUGGCGACGUCGGGGUUAUGCACCCAGACGGCUACAUAGAGAUCCGCGACCGAUCAAAAGAUAUCAUCAUCAGUGGCGGCGAGAACCUGAGCAGUGUCGAGGUCGAGGUCGAGUCUAUCCUUUACAGCCAUCCAUCGAUCAAUGAGGUUGCAGUCGUUGCUAGGGCGGACGAGUUCUGGGGAGAGACGCCAUGCGCCUUCAUCAGCUUAAAGGACGAGAAAUAUGCAUCGGAGGCGGAGAUUAUUGGAUGGUGCAGAGAGAGGAUGCCUCAUUUUAUGGUGCCGAAGACGGUGGUUUUUCGGUCGGAGUUGCCGAAGACUUCGACUGGGAAGGUUCAGAAGCAUGUGUUGAGGGAGAUGGUUAAAAAGCUGGGGUCGAUGGGGGGUGUCCAGGGCAGAGUGAGUCGGAUGUAGAAAAUGUCUCGUUUGCAUAGAUUGUUGGAUCCAUAAUCCAACAUUGGGCUAGUAUGUGAGAUUGUUAUCCAUUGUAAACUGUUAAAUAAAAAUAAACUCAAUUUAAAGUGAUCUAGACAGAUAUAAGUUUUAAAAUA